CCCGCCGUCGCCGCUGUCGCCGGGCCCGAGAACCCCCGGCGCUGCGUGCUGGACACUGGGCUGGUAGGUAGGUAUACCUAGGGUGGGUGGGUAGGUGUGCGCUCUGAGACAUUGUCUGUGGUAGCUCCCGCAACUCUAAUCGUGUCUUACCUCUCCGCACAACGCAAGCAUCGUCGCAAUGGCAUCUUCUUCCUGCUCCUCCUCCUCGUCGACGCAGCGCGCGUUCCCGCAGCGCAUCCACCUCCCGCACCCGUACCUCACGGCCUACGACGUCGUCGAAGACACGACCACUCCCACCACUAGCACACCUACCACCAAUGGUGGCAGUAGUGGCAGUGCCAGCCCGCAGUACCGCGUCCUGCACCGCCCAGACGUUACGAGCCCCUGUGGCAAGGGCGUUGCGCCGCCAGUGCCGCUGCACCAUCCCCGCCUGGCGUGGACGGCGCCUCAGCCGCCUGACCUGGAGGCCUGUCCCGCGCUGGGGGACAACAGCUCGUGGGCGCGGGCGCGGCGCACGCCGCUUACGGCUGUUAGCUGGAGCGACAGCAACAGCAGCAGCAACAGCAGCAGCAGCGAGGGCUCGCCGCCCAGCGUGCCGCAGUUCUGGCUACUGGCCUACGCACUCGUGACGCUGCACCCCAAAGCCGAGGUCUUCCGGGUUGCGCUGCAGGGCCCCGGCGCCGAGGAGCUGGCACACCGCCUCUGCGCCGUCGGCCUGCUGGUGCCGCAUCCGGCGGCCUCGGCGCAGCAGUUGGAGCAGCUGCGCAAGCUGGCUACCGCAGCCACAGCCACAGCCACAGCCACAGACGCAGACGCAGACGCAGACGCAGGCGCAGGCGCAGGCGCAGGCGAGUUCCUCCUCUUCGCAGGCAGUUUCUGGCAAGGCGCCGGCUCGCCCACCGGGCCGCGGCCCAUCUGGCUCGCCGAGCACGCGCUGCAGCCAUCAGCCAUGUAUCCGGCAUUCCCACACUUACCAGCGGCCGUGACGGCAUGGCCGCCGCAGCCACGGCACACGCAGCACCCGGUGCGGCCGGCGAAGCCAGCGCCAGGCAGCGUCGUUUACAGCCGGUGGAUCCCGCACCUAGGGGCGCAGUUCUCGAUAGUAGCGCUGGACUGGCGCAACAGCGCGCACGUGCGCCUCUUCCACGCGUGGCAGAACGACCCGCGCGUCGCGGCGGGGUGGAACGAGACGGGCAGCGUGGAGGCGCACACGGCGUACCUGCGGCGGCAGCACGAGGACUUGCACACGCUCGCGCUGCUGGCGCGGUUCGACGGCGCCGCGUUCGCGUACUUCGAGGUCUACUGGGCCAAGGAGGACCAUAUGGGCGCGCACUUCGACGCCGGCGCGUACGACCGCGGCCGGCACAGCUUGGUUGGCGAUGCGAGGUUUCGCGGGCCCCAUCGCGUCGCGGCGUGGUGGUCGGGUCUGAUGCAUUUCAUGUUUCUGGAUGAGCCGCGCACCAUGCGUUUGGUUGGUGAGCCGAGGGCCACGAAUACUACCGUCUUGGAUUACGAUGCCCGCUGUGGGUUCCAUGUGCUACGCUUCGUCGACUUGCCGCAUAAGCGCAGCGCGGUGGUUGCGUGUGAGCGCGAGUGGUUCUUCCAGCUUUGUCCGCUGGCGUGGGAGCCGGAGGGGGAGGAGACGGGCGAGGGCGGCGUGGUGAGGGCGGUGGCAAGGCUGUGAGCAUGGCGUGUGUUGUGUGAUGGUUGUGUUGUGUUGUGGUUGUAUGUGUGUAUCUCCGUAGGUUGUAGGUGCCUACAUCCGUAGUCAGCCACCCUCAAACGAGCCGUCCGAGAC